AUGCAGGAAAUGGCGCUGCGGAUGCUGGUCCAGAGUAUGGAGCUGCAGGUGCUGGUUCGGGUUAUGGAGCCGCAGGUGCUGGUCCUGGGUACGGAACCACGGGAGCUGGAGCAGGGUGCAGAACCACGGGAGCUGGGUGCGGAACCACGGGAGCUGGGUGUGGAACCACGGGAGCUGGGUGCGGAAGCACGGGAGCUGGUUGCAAAACCACAGGAGCUGGGUGUGGAACCACGGGAGCUGGAGAAGGGUGCAGAACCACAGGAUCUGGGUACGGAACCACAGGAGCUGCUGAUGAGUGCCUCGGGUAGGCAGGGGAGAAGAUGA